GCCAUGGAACAGUGGUUUUUUUUCUCUGUUCUUUACAUUGCAUUUUGCCUUAACUCUUUGCUUGUUAGAUUCUGGAGAGAAUGUGAGUUUAAGCAGAGAGAAUCCAGAUAUUUAGAUUGUGAUGAUUGCAGAGAAGCAGAUAAUGAGGGGUAGCGAGGAGGACAAUGGAGCUCAGAGGGAUGGGCCCUUUAAAGCCUGCAACAGUAAUGAGUACCACAGUGCCACUGCACCAAGGAUAUACUUUUUUAUGGAGAAACAAAAAGAACCAAUGAUUUCAUGUGAUCUUUGCAUUGGAUUGGAAUAGCUUGCUUUGGGUCUCUGGAGAAAGCCUACGUGCAGGGUCAUACCAACCCACUUGAUAUUUUGAAAAGGGUUUGUUGAAGAAAACGUCCCAUUCUCAGCGGUUUGUCCCUUGAUAGAUAAUAGAUGAAUGCAAGGUCAAUGGACUUCAUGAUUGAUGAUUUGGUGAUCAAUAUGAUGUGUCUACCGCAAGCAAAUUAGAGGGCUUAAUCUCCUUUCUUCCCUGGAUCUUGGCAAAGGAGCUCCGAAUAGAGUUCAACUCAAGCAGAUUUUUCUGAGACAAUACUGGCUUUACGGGCAAUUGUGGACUAGGAACCUUGUAUGAGGAGCUCUUUAUGCUCAGAUGCAUGUAGCCUCCUGGCCCUCUAGUAUGAUGGAGAAUGAUAUGCUUAGCCUUCCACAAACCGUUGCAAGUCGAAAUGCAGUUGUUUUUGACGGAAUGCCAUCUCAGAUGAUGUCAUACUCAGUAGCUGAAUCCAACGCUAAUAACCUUAACCACCAAGACCAGAUGCUGUCUGGAUUUCCUGUGCUUUCAACAUUGCAAGGAGAACAUGUCAUGGAUCUCCAUGGCAAUGUUCACAUCAUUGAUCGAGCGAGGCUCCUUGAUUCUAACUCAUCGGUGACAUCUCUUGGGAGGAACCUUGAGAGAGAUAAUUCACUUGGCAGUUCACGAUCAACACAUAAUGUUGAGUUCCAAGAGCAAUUCAUGGGUGGAAUGCCUAUCUCUUCUUCAAUUGCCUCCUUUUCAGGUGCAAGGAGUGGUCUCCAAGAAAACCUAAACGAUUCAAUCCACCCCUUGAAUUUUAGGACUUCAAAUGGAUGCUCUACUGAUAUAAAUUCUUCACCAGUCACUCCUAUGAACUGUGGGUUUGCUGAGGCAUCCGGUAAUAUGAAUGAGAAGUGGGGUUUUGAGAAGUCCCCUGCUCUUCUAGAGCUUGGUGGAAAAACUCUUGUGAGAACAGCUUUUCAACCAUAUCCUUCCAUGGUAUGUAUAGGUCCAAAUGGUUGGAUAUCAUCAAAUGGAGCAAAUGGAAACAUCGCUUAUUCCUAUGGUUCCUCCAAAACUAGUAGUGAGCUUUCACUAAGUCUUGUUACAUCUGAUCCUGCUGUUAUUACUAAGACAAAUGUCCCUGAUCAAUCCUUCAAGAUAAACUGUUCUGAUGCAACCCAACAUUGCUUAAAUGGAACAAGGUUGGCUGUCGAUUAUACUUCUUCCAACUGGAAGGAGCCUUCCAUGAGUUAUGGUUCCUUUAGACAGGAACAAGUCUCCCAUUUAAUAUCAGGGUCAAGAUAUCUUCACGCCAUUCAGGAAAUACUUGUUCAAAUUGCAAGCUAUUCUCAUGGAAAUCUAGACCAGAUGAGUUAUUCAACUGGGGUCAGAACCAGGGCAAAUCAGCCAUUCUCAUCAGGUCACCCUGCUGUGAGAGGAAUGUCAAUUAUGGAUUUUGAUGAACUUCAUGACUUGGACGGUAAUUUUGAGGUUCAAUUGGAGCCAGCAUUUGAAAAAGGGGCAGCUGAAGCUAGGAAAACCCAACUAUUAACCUUACUUCAAGAGGUUGAUGACAGAUACAACCAAUGCUUUGAUGAAAUCCACACAGUCGUAUCUGCUUUCCAUGCUGCAACUGAACUGGACCCUAAAGGCCAUGCUCGUUUUGCACUACAGACAAUCUCUUUCUUGUAUAAGAACCUAAGGGAGAGGAUCAGCAACCAAAUUCUAGCUAUGGGAGCAAGUUUUCACAGUGGAGGUACAAAGGGAAAGGAAAGAUCUUUCCAAAACUCAUUCAUCCAGCAGCAAUGGGCUCUACAGCUUAAGAAAAAAGAGUAUCAAUUAUGGAGACCACCCCAGAGAGGAUUACCUGAAAAAUCAGUCUCAAUUUUACGGGCAUGGAUGUUUCAAAAUUUCCUUCAUCCGUACCCAAAAGAUACAGAGAAACAUUUACUUGCAGUGAAAAGCGGAUUGACAAGAAGCCAGGUCUCGAAUUGGUUCAUAAAUGCCCGUGUUCGUCUGUGGAAACCUAUGAUAGAGGAAAUGCACUCAGAGAUGAACAAGAGAAAGGCCAAGGAAAAUGCGGAGGGAACGGACAAGUUGAGAAGCCAGGUGAGCAUUAACAAUUAAAGAUUCAAAUAAUGUCAAUUGCAGCUAAAGGAAGGAAGAAACUACGAGCAUUUUUGCCACAAGCGGCAAUCAAGAGAGGAUUUUGGAGGAAACAGAACCGCAUCCUUAUCAAGGUUGCAAAUGUAUAUAAUGCUCCUUAUAGUUGGGAAAUUAAAGGCUGCAAAUGUGUUGGUAAUUAUCUCAGUGCUCUAGUAGUUUGUUUAUUUAUUUAUUUUAAAUUUUUUAAGAUAAUUUUGGGCAACUAUAAUUGUUUGAAACUGCCCUACAAGUUCUUAAGGAAGAUGCAAAAAGUACACACCUAAGCUACCACCGGCAUGGACAAGUCCUUUAGAGUUUAAUGGUUUGUCCUCAGAGUUGGUCGAGAGUUCAAUUUUCACCAACCACUUGAAUAUUUGCAUUCAAUUUUCACCAACCACUUGAAUAUUUGCAUUUAAUAGGUCAUUGAAAGCUCAAUUC